AUGGCCGACGUUGAGAAGACAGCAAGGUCCGGCGAGGGCCAUGGUCACGCGCACCAUGGCGAGCUUCCGGAGCACCUCGAAGAGAUGAAUAGAGUCCAUACCAACAUCGACGUAAUUGAAACAACAAGCGAGAACCCUUACUUCGAGAUCAACUUCAUUGGAACAUAUGCUGCCAUCACUCUAGCCACAUGUGCGGCUUUUGCUGGCUUUGUCAUGCCAGUAACUGCACUGACGCUGAUAAAUGCAGCCGUCGGGCCCUCGCCCAACUACGACUGGAUCGCGCUUGCCUGGGUCUUGACCUCAUCAGUCGGGUUCACCUUGGUCGGUCGACUAUCAGACAUAUUUGGGAGGAGAUAUUUCUUCGCCGGCUGCUCUGGUCUUGCCACGAUUGGAUGCAUCAUUGGCUGCACAGCUGAUGGCAUCAACCAACUGAUCGGCGCGUCGGUUCUGCUUGGCUUUGGGGCCGCUGGACAGAUCUCAUUCAACUAUGUGCUGGGUGAGCUGGUACCUGUACGGCAUCGCUACGCGGCAAAUGGAUUUGUGUUCCUCGCGACAUUCCCAUUUGCCGGCUUGGGUCCGUACAUCAGUCGACUCCUUAUCGUGAACAGUUCGGACGGCUGGCGAUCGAUAUAUUAUCUGACUCUUGCUCUGGAUGCUGCCGCCACUCUGUGCUGGUUGGGCUUCUACCAUCCACCAAAGUUCGAGAAGCUGCACCGUAACCGAACAAAGAUGCAAGAGAUUAGAGAGUUGGACUUCGGUGGCAUAAUUCUCUACACAGGCGGCCUGCUCCUUUUCCUGCUUGGCCUCUCCUGGGGUGGAGUGCUGCAUCCCUGGGACAGCGGAUACGUUCUCGGGACGCUCAUCACCGGUAUCGUGGUCUUGAUUCUCUUCGUUCUGUACGAGGUCUUCAUGCCACUGCGUCGCCCGCUAAUUCCAAUGCACCUGUUUCGAAACUUCGACUACGUCAUGGUCAAUAUCUUGUCCAUCGUCGGAGGCAUGGUUUAUUACGCAGCGAACGUGCUGUUCCCAGUCAUGGUUGCAAGCCUGUAUACCACCGACAUCGUUAGGGGCGGGCUAAUCAGCUGCGCCAUCGGCGGUGGUGUGUGCUGUGGUCAAUUCAUAGGAUCUUGGAUUGCUGUCCCGGGUGGCCAUAUGAAAUGGAAGCUGAUCUUCGUGACCGCCGGCCUCACGGGCUUCACCGCUGGUCUCGCUGGAAGCACUGAAAACGAGGCUGCGGGCUCGGCUUGUGCUACCCUUGCUGGAAUUUGUGUCGGUGUCCUGGAAGUCAUGGUCUCCACGACUGUCACCAUCGUUCUAGAUGAUCAAUCCGAAAUGGGCACUGGAGCAGGUGUGUUCGGGAGUUUGAGAGGUGCAGGAGGUGUCUUAGCCACCGCUAUCUACUCUACCAUUUUCAUGAACAGGCUCGCCGACAACAUCAAGGACGAUGUCGCUCCAGCUUUAGUUCAGGCUGGACUUCCCGUCACAUCUGUGGAGUCCUUCUUGACAGCAGUGCAGUCAAUGUCACAGGCCGCAAUAGAGAGAGUUCCUGGGGUCUCCCCCACGAUUGUCCAAGUGGGCAUUGCCUCGCUCACCCAAGCCUAUGCUCAAGCGUUCAAGAUCACUUGGCUCGCUACUAUCUCGUUUGGAGGAUGCUCGAUUAUCGCUGCCUGCCUUUCAAGAGACAUUGAUGACAAGUUGUCGCACGAUGUCAUUCGCAAGCUUUCGGUUGGGUACACAGGGAAGAGGGGAAAAGACGUACCAGCUGCUGUUGAUUCUAAAGAAGAUGUGGAGAAAAUUGAGCGAACAUAG